UAUAAUAGAUAUAUGGCUAAUUAAACCUAAUUCAAAUAGUGACUGGUUUGGCAAGCAGGGAUAGCUCAAGAUCAACUAUGGUGCCUCAACAAGAUCAAAGCCCUAACAAAAACCAGACCUCCAUCGAACCACAUGAAGCACAAACCAUGGCUGAAAACAGUGAAAAAAGAAGCAUCAAGAAGGUGAUCAACAAUGGAAGAAGAAGAUACCUAGGGGUCCGACAAAGACCAUCUGGAAGAUGGGUGGCUGAGAUCAAAAACUCAUCUCAAAAGCUAAGAUUAUGGCUAGGGACUUUCGACAAACCGGAAGAAGCAGCUUUGGCUUAUGAUAACGCCGCCAUGGUUUUACGGGGAAAGAAUGCCAAGACCAAUUUUCAGUAUGAAGGAAACUUGAAUCUAAUAGGAAAGGUUAAUAUUAAUCCAAGGGUUUAUCAGCUUCUUCAGCUAACAAUCAUGAAGAACCAUGCAAGAUCAGCUUUGAGAUCCAUUAAUGGGAAAAGAAUGGAUCCUGUUGAUAUUGAUGGUUUCGAUACCAUUGUUGAAGAAACUAUAUUUUGUGAUGAUCAUCAUCACCAUCAUGAUCAUGAUGAAGGUGAUAAUAAUAAUAAUAAUAACAAGCUUUGUAAGGUUUCACUUGGGAAUUCUAAGGUUUAUUCUUCUGUUGUUGUUGCUCCUUCCUUUUGUUCUUCUUCUAUAGAUCAACAAGGACAAAAGGAAAAUAACAUGUAAUAAUUAAGUUGAAUCACAUGGUUUUUUUUGGUGGGA